GCCGUCUCCGGGCCGUCCGCCUUCGGCCACUGGAUUGGCUGCGCCCCUGUACUGAAGCCCCGCCCAUUUCCCCGGGUCCUUUGAUCACGCGCCUGCCGGCUCUUCCGGGGCCUGGGAGCCAACCGAGGGCGUUCCUGUCCGGGCUACAGCGGCGGGAGGGAGCCCAGUGGAGGCGCCCUCCCGAGGCACUACUGCCCAUGCUGACUACCCAGCCCUCCGGCUGCCGAUGUCAUGAGUAACACUACAGUGCCCAAUGUCCCUCAGGCCAACAGCGACUCCAUGGUGGGCUAUGUGUUGGGGCCUUUCUUCCUCAUCACCCUGGUCGGGGUGGUGGUGGCUGUGGUAAUGUAUGUCCAGAAGAAAAAGCGAGUGGACCGGCUUCGCCAUCACCUGCUCCCCAUGUACAGCUACGACCCUGCUGAGGAGCUACAUGAGGCUGAGCAGGAGCUACUGUCUGAUGUGGGAGACCCCAAGGUGGUACACGGCUGGCAGAGUGGCUUCCAGCACAAGCGGAUGCCCUUGCUGGACGUCAAGACCUAACCUGACCCCCUUGCCCUGAUCUCCAGAACCAUGGGGUCUUGGGAGUGCCCAGGGCCUGCAGCCUGCUGCUUGCCUUCCCAUUUGCACUCACCCAGCUCCCCCUGCUGGGUACCGGGUCUCCUCUCCUCCCAUCCAUACCCAGUAGCACCUCACAACCAACCCUCCCCGCCCCCCUUCCGGCCUUCAGGCCUUUGUGAGCUGAGCCUACCAUCCACUCCCAAGGGGCUAAUACAAGUUUUUCCUUCUGGAGUGGAAGGGUGGUUGGAGACCGUUUUCUGAGCCCUCCCCGACUCGGCUUUGGAUUGGUUUCCAUGGUGACAGGGCCUAAUGUAUAGUAUUCAGUAUAUAUAUUUUGUAAAUAAAAAAUGUUUUGUGGCUA